GAAAAAACCCAAGUCAUGUGUUAUGGAACAAAAAAGGCAGGUGCGCUAGUCGUUCUUCCUCGACUUCAGUAAUCGUACUAAACUCUCUUUCAACCCACACUUUCACAUAUCUCCAAAUUUUCAUCCUCGCAAACUCACUUCCAGCAUCACAAAAUUUAUUCAAGACUCAAGAUGGAGUUGAAUCAUGCUGCAAGUAUCACGAGCAUGCCGAAGAUAGAAAAGAAUGACCCAGGCCCAUCCCCAGAAACCGAAAUCGACAAUCCAUACAGGUACAUCUUCGUGACAGAGGAGCCAGUGUUCCACAAAUUCCCCAAGCUUCCUCGGGAAGCUCGUGAUACGAUUUGGGACUACGCUGUCGACGUUAACUCAACUUCUGAGGUUGUCUAUUCCUGGCCUACCUUUCCCAAUGCCCCUCUCCUCUCCCAAGUGUGCCAAGAAUCAAGAGUGGCCUGUUUGAAGAGAUACUCUACUUUCAGACAUUCGGAUGCGUCUGGCUUGAGUAUACCGGUUAUGCGUGCCUUUGGAUUAGAUUUCUACGCAUGGAUCAACUAUGAGCGUGAUGUACUCCAACUGUCUUCCGGAUUUUGCCAUUUAGUAUCGGAUCUGGAAUGCAGGUGGGAUUGUAUCUCAUGUCUUUGGCAGCCUUGCAAAGGUUCAUUACUUCCAGUCAAAAAAGUCAAAAACCUUGGUAUUGACCACCACACAUUCUGGCUCCUGAUUAAAUUCUCUGCUGGUGCAUGGAAAACAGUCGUCAAGGUCUACCCAAAUGUGACGCAUUUGAAAAUAAUCAAAAAGAGUUACAGCUUCACUGAGCGGGGAAUACCUCAUAAGCGCUGCCUACAGCGCAUUAAAAUGGCCGAAUUGCGCCAAUGCAAUUUCUUGCAGGAUAUUUUUUCUAAUAUGGAAAGCCAUAUUGCUAAUUAUGGCCCAUUAAUUUAUGAGGUCGAAUUUGUGAAGCCCGCCCCCAGCCCGGAAUUGAAGAAGAAGAUCAUGAAAUGCCAGAAACAGGAAGAAGAAGAGGAGGCCCUGAGGGAUAUGAUGUAUGGGCUGAUUAAAUGGUUCGAAAAUGUAUACGAGCAGGAAUUGGAAGAGAUAGGGGCAUGGAAACAAUGGCGGGAGGAGAUUUCGAUGCAGAAAAUUAACCUACGAUUACAGCAAUAGGCUGCAGAGGAGGUUUUAGCUCAGUGGGAACAAGAGAGAAAUCUCAAAUAGGGUUGAGCUACAUAUGGAAGGUUUUCCCAAAUAAUUCAUUCUCGCAAAUGAAAACAGGAGGAUAUGGCACUCGUAUGUUUGCUGUGCAAAACAGAAAUGAGCAGGAUAAUGGUAGCAAUUUAGCUUACAUAUCAAUCACGGUCAUAUAGAAUCAUACA